AUGGGAGCUAAUCCGCCUCUUCAUAUUCUUGAUGGUUUUGCAAGGAGAAUGUGGAAAGAGGAUGUUGUUAAGGUGGGAUUGAUUGCUCGGGGGAUCUUUAUCAUCCGAUUUCAAAACAUGGAACAACGAGAUAAGGUCUUACAAGGAGGCUACAUAUUCUUUGAUCGGAAGCCUGUGGUUAUGAAACCAUGGAAUCCGAUAGAUGACUUUUAUAAAGAGGAGAUUACUAGCGUGCCGACUUGGAUACAAUUAAAAGGGCUGGACAUCAAAUAUUGGAGGGAAAAAUCUCUUUUCAAGAUUGUUGGUCAGAUAGGCACACCUCUACAAGUAGAUAAUAUUACAAAACACAGGGACAGGUUAAUGUAUCCCCGAGUGUUAAUUGAGGUUAGCUUUGCACAAGAUUUUCCAGCUUCAAUUUCUUUCACAGAUGAAUUUGAUCGUGACAUUGUUUUGGAAGUGAAGUAUGAAUGGUUGCCCCUGGUUUGCUAUAGUUGUUCAGGUUUGGGACAUGAAACUAAACAGUGUAGAAACAAGAUUAUAGAGAAGGAAACAGAGAAGAAACAAUGGGUUCCUAAAGAAAAAGUGACAAAGAUGGAGACAAUGGUUUCGAAAGUGGAUAAGGAAGGGUUUCAAAGAGUUGAGAAAGGGAAAAGAAUAGAUAAGGAAGCUAUACCAGUUAUGACUAAAGUGACUAACAGAUUUGGCAUACUGGAAAGUCAGGAACAGGAGGUUUCAAAUUGUCAUAUGGAAGGGGGGGGGGGGGGAGAUCCCUCUACUUCCAAUGGAUAA